GUGAACGCACACAGAAUAUGUCGACUGCCACGCUGCUUGUGAUCUCGGUUUUGGUCUGCCUGGUGCAGGCAUACGCCCAGCAGGUGGAGGUGCCCAUCGAGGAGACGCUGCAGCGCGGCGCAAUAGCCAUGGACACGCUGCGCAAGGCACUCGACGAGAAGCUGCCGCCUAGUGCAGAGGCUCAUCAGGAGGGUUCAGAGAUCUUGGCCAGCUUUCAGCAGAGCCUAAAGACUUGCGAGGCGCAGCUAAGGAAAAACCAGUUGGUCUCAGAGUACAAUACGUGUGUCGGCACGUUUCAGGGCUUGGCCCUGGCCUCGAUUGGCGAACUGGCGGGCCAGCACUGGGCCAAAUCAGGCGCAUCACGUCCAACUCUGUUCUGGUAAGGAUGUGGCGCAACAUCUAACUGAAGUCAUGUGCCGGAGGCUAUAAAUAAAUGCCCAAUCGAGCGAUUGGCCACGUUGCA